CCCUUUCUUUUCGGAAAAAAAACUCUAUCAAGAUGGGUCGUAUGCACGCUCCUGGCAAGGGUAUUUCCCAAUCAGCUCUGCCCUACAGACGCACAGUGCCAUCUUGGCUGAAGCUGAAUGCUGAGGAUGUCAAGGAUCAGAUCAAGAAGCUCGGCAAGAAGGGUUUGACCCCAUCGAAAAUCGGUAUCAUCUUGCGUGACUCCCAUGGAGUUGCCCAGGUGCGAUUCGUCAAUGGAAACAAGAUCCUGCGUAUCAUGAAGUCGGUGGGUCUGAAGCCCGACAUUCCUGAGGAUCUGUACCACAUGAUCAAGAAGGCCGUUGCCAUCCGCAAGCAUUUGGAGCGCAACCGUAAGGACAAGGACGGCAAGUUCCGUCUGAUUCUGGUCGAGUCCAGAAUCCACCGCUUGGCCCGCUACUACAAGACAAAGAGCGUUCUGCCACCUAACUGGAAAUACGAAUCGAGCACCGCCUCUGCCCUGGUUGCCUAAGUGUCCCCGAUUCGCGCGUUAGUUGGUAAUUUCUUUUUCAAUUUUGUGGGAGCAUACAUUUUACCAAUGUACAACCAAUAAACCCAACAUAAAUAAACUGGAAAUCAACUAUUUUAUAGAAUA